GGACAGAAGCAAAUAGGAAUGACAAUACUAGAUAAGUAUUUAAUAAAGCAAAGAGUUUCAAGACUUACGAGCAGUAACAACUAUUAAUUUUAUUAAUUUGAUUUGACUCCCGUUGAAAUUGAUACUUAAUUCCAUUUCCUUCUACUUGGGCUGCUCCAUCCACAGCUCUUUGAUUAAAACAUUUUAUUUAUUAUUCAUACGCACAAAUUACCUUGAAUUGUCAGUUUUCACUGCAAGACUAGUAAUAUACAGACUAAGUUUAUGGAAAUGAAGAGAUAGCUAUUUGAUCACUGUUAAGAUUGGUUGUAGUUUCAUAGAUUGGCCUUGGGCCUUCAUGUUACUCUUGUUGGACUACAUAGCUUGAUCAGACGCUUGAUGAAAGAAAGACUAGCUGGGAUUGGAAAGAUAAGCUAGCUGGGAUUGAGGUGGGAGUUCCACUUUAAAAUGGACUUAAUUCUUGAGAAGUUCUGCUUGAGGUCUGAGAUGGUACACUGUUGUUUUUUUUUUUUUGGGGGGGGGGGGGGGGUGUGAAAUAUAGCUAUUCAACCGGGGGACAAAAGGUUUUUUAAGGGCAACUAAAAGCAGGCUUACAGAAUAUGGUUAUGUGGUGGCAGUCUUUAUUCAUGUUUAUUAUACAAAUAACAUGGUGAUUGCUCAAAGACAUGAGCACAACACUACUAACUAUUCCAGAAUGGGAUUUUGUGAUUAUAUUUCCUUAAAGAUGUUAUACACAAUAGAAUUUAUGAUUUAAAUUAACUUUGGUAAACAGUUUAUGGAAUGAGAAUGUGACGAUUCAGGUAGAAGAACGUCAAUAACUCUUGAUCAUUGGGUGGAUUGUAUUGAUAUUCUUGCUUAGAUAUCAGCUAAGGCUGUCUGGUGAACUUUGCUGAGUUACGUUAUAGUUGACUAAACUUGUUUUGGUUUGUAUAUACUCUUUCUUGAUUGUUGGAUAGAUCAUACUGAUAUUCUUUUUUAGACUAAUGCUAAAGGCUGUCUGGGGAACUUUGCUGCAUUACGGUAUGGUAGACUAAACUUUUUUUUUUAAAGUUUCUAUAUACCCUUUCUUGAUUGUUGCUUAAAAUCAUCUUCUUACUCCCUUUUUCUUUAUAAUCUAUCAUCUUCUUGAUUUGAUGAUACGUUCAUAGAUAAUGAUUACGAGAAACAGAGACUUGGAAAAGCAUGGUGCUAAUGUAUGUGUCAUUGACCAGACUUGUUGGUGACCAUUGGCUCCCAUUCAUGUUGUCUUAUUUGUGUAACAAAACAUUUGUGGUGCUAACUAGUUCAUGGUAACUUGAAAAAUUAUGUGCAAAACAUGAGAAUAGUAGUGAGUCCCUUCAGUCUUGGCUUCUUGUCAUAAUCUUUUAGCUUGUGUAGUGCUUGGUGUUUCUGUAUGCGUGCGCCGAUCAGAGUGCUUCCUUGGUUUUGGCAGAAGCCAAGCUGAUAUGUAAUUAGAUGUAUGGUUACAUGCUCACAUUAUUGCAACAGUGUUUAUAUGUAUCUCACUAUAAUUAAUUUGUUGCCCAUCACAUAGAGUUGGAGCCAUUUUUGAAUUGGGUAGAACUAGGCUUGCUAAUUUCACUACUCCUACAACAAAAACCUCCUCCUCUUCAGCCUCUACUCUCAGACUCACAAAGACUCACAAAGAGUGGAGGAAAUAAUUUGGGUCUCGACUUUAACGGCGGCAUAGGGUGUCAUGUAGCCUCGGCCAUAGAGGAAGCCUUAUUGCUCUCAAAAAAUAUGGCCGAAAUAAAGAACAUGAGGAAGAAUGAACUUGUCCUCGACAACAAACGAUAUUUGGGUAUGAUCAUCCAAAAUACUUUCAAGCUAGAUGAGAUGCUCAACGCUCGUUCCGAUCAGCUAGACGAUGAGAGAAAAAGACGGACAACGGCUGUGCAGACCUUGUCCAAAUUCGAACAGGACUUGGCCGAUGCAAAGAAAAAGUUACAGGCCGAAGAGCAAGCUCGCAAGAGCACCGAGUCGGCAUUAGAAGGCUAUCAAAAGCAGGCCGAGAACCAAGGGAAACUUCUGCAAGAGGCGAAUGUCGAACUAAAGAAGACUAAGGAGCAAGUCCUAGUUCUCAGGAAGCAUCUAGAGGAAACUCAAAAGCUAAGGGAGCAAGCGGAAAAGUCCAAGGAGCAAGCCGAGAAGGCAAAAAUAGAUGCCGAACAGAUAAUGAACGAAGCCGAGCAAAGAGGCUAUGAGGUCGGUAUAGCUGAAACUAAGAAGGCUUUAAGAGCCGAGGUUCCGGAGGUAUGCCGUAUCUACUGCACAAGAACUUGGAGUGAGGCUCUUAACCGUGUUGGGGUUGAAGCCUCAUCUGAGUUACGUAAGCCAGAAAACAUAUUCUAUCCCGAGGCGAUCCGCCCCUCAGUUCUUCUACCUCACCAGGCUGAUGCUCCUUCUUCAGUUAUUAAUCUGAACAAGGAGGUUUUGCCCCAUAGUUUUCCUCCCCUCAGCCAGCCGGAAUUAGCAAAAGGGGGACUUGCCCCUCCAGGAGCUUCCCCAGACAAGACCACUGCCGCUUCGGAGGCAGAGACGGCCUCCCAAGACUUUCAACGGGAUUUGGACUCCACAGUUUUACCAACUGAGGGCGUUACCAAAGCCAAAGAGGGAGUCACCACUUCGGAGGCAGACAUACCCGCCGGCCAGAACCCAAAGAUCCAAUUGAAAUUGAAAAAGUAGGAUUUGCUUUGUAGCUUAAUUAAACACUUAGUAGGGGACUUCCUUGCUCAUUUUCUUAUCACUCUUGCGGCUCUAUGUUAUUUUUGCACUCGUUCACUUUGUCACUGUAAUUUUGGAUGGGUUCAUUUCAACUACCUUUUGCUUGUAUGGGACAAUUUUGCUCACACAUAUCGUCAAUCGAUAAUCAGCAAUAGGCAAUAAGCAUUAAUAUAACAGGGUCUUAGGGAGACGUUUUUG